AUGGAGGCGCUUCCUGACCCACUGCACGACCGUGCUGUGGCUGAUGUGGAGGCACCACCAGUGAAGCCGUUACCAGAUAGUUAUUUGUUUGAGAACGGUUUGGAUAAGACGCCCAAUUGGCAAUUGCUUCAGGACCAUUUCCUUCGACAGGGUCAGGUAUCAAAGGAGACUUGUUUGCACAUUAUCCGUCGUGUGAGUGCCAUUACGUCAUGUGAGCCGAAUUUAUUGCGACUAGAAGAUCCUAUAACUGUGGUGGGCGAUAUUCAUGGUCAAUUUUACGACAUGGCAAAGUUACUGGAAGUUGGUGGUGCACCAGAAGAGGACACCCAAUACCUAUUCCUAGGUGAUUACGUGGAUCGUGGAUCGUUUGCCGUGGAGGUAGUGAUAACACUAUUUUGCCUAAAGCUAGCAUAUCCCACACGCAUCUGGUUAUUGAGAGGGAAUCAUGAGUGCAGACAGAUGACUGCCUUCUUCAAUUUCAGAGACGAGUGUGAACAUAAAUUCGAUCUCGCAGUCUACACAGCCUUUAUGGACGCGUUCGAUACCCUCCCCUUGGCCGCCUUGAUCAAUAAUCGGUUCUUCGCCGUACACGGAGGACUGAGUCCUCAAUUACGCAAAAAAGACAGCAUCAACGGAAUAAACAGGUUCCAAGAACCACCAAGAUCGGGUCCAUUCUGCGACCUACUUUGGGCGGACCCUGUUGACGAAGAGAAGGUCGCACAUCAACAACAUCUGAACGACCUUUUCUUCCCAAACGACGUACGAGGAUGCUCCUAUUUCUUCGGAUACCACGCCGCUAAAACAUUCCUGGAUGAUAACAAACUCCUGUCCAUCGUCCGAGCACACGAAGCACAAGUCGACGGCUACAAAAUGCAUAGAGCACACCCCGUCAACCACUUCCCCACAGUCAUCACCAUCUUCUCCGCACCCAAUUACUGCGACGUUUACAACAAUAAAGCAGCUGUACUCAAAUUCGACAAUAACACUCUGAAUAUUCAGCAAUUCAAUUUCACAACACACCCGUACCACUUGCCAAACUUCAUGGACAUCUUCCAGUGGAGUAUACCAUUUGUCUCCAUGAAGUUAAACGAGAUCCUGAGUAUCAUUAUGACCAAGCAUGCUGUCGACCCCGCAAUGAUAGAUCAUCAAUUGGAUGAAGAGGACGACAGUGAAGACGAAGACACCGGUGCCUCUCCGGAUCUCGAGGCCGUCCUAACAUUAGACGACGCUGCCAUAUACGACGCUCUCAAACCCGUGAAACGAGUCAUUGGCAUCCAACGAGCCAAUGUCCUUAAGGCCAAGGUCGUAGUUCUUGCUCGCGUCGUACGAAUGCUCAACAUUGCUCGAGAGUGCAAACAGGACAUCGCAGUACUCAAGACCCUCAACGAUGGCACACUCCCACCAGGCACCCUCCUCAGCGGCUCACAGGGAAUCAAAAUGGAAAUUAGACGUUUGAAGGGGCCUCCUAUGUAA